GUGUGUGGGGGGGGGGGGGGGGAAACAGGUGGCGUUUCUGGUUGACUGGAGCGCUGUGCGGAGGAUAUCAUCUUAAAAGGUGGCCUUAUGUGUAAUUGACGUUAUCCAUCGAGUACCUUUUUGGGGAAAAAAUGUUGGCGAGCAAGUUGGUUGAGGUCGAGCCAGUUUCGACGGAGGGAGAGAAGGGCAACAUGAAAACCCUGGUUCCGAAUGGCGGAAGCGACUGUGCUUGACGUCUCCGUUCACACCAGAAACGGCCGAAGGCGUGGAUGUUUUGUAUACGCUCACCAGCAAGGGACCUCACAUUGAAUAAAUAAAGCUAUACAUACACAGCUAUGCAUCCAGUGUGUAUUGAUUUUUGUAAAAUUGUGAAUGCUUCAUGCAUCAGGAAGUCGGAUGUGUUCUGCAAGGGAUUGAAUGUGACCUUCCAUUGAUAAAGGAAGAAGAUUUCUAGGGUAAAGGACCGUUCUCCUGUGCUGAAUUUAUUUGAGGGACAGAACGUAAGCAAAAAGGUCGCCCGAUCAAAGUUCUACACAUUGUUAAUUUCCCCACAGCAACCAGUAGAUGCAGUUUAACCGAUAACUCUCGAGAGUUUAGGUAAAAGGAUCUAUAACAAAAAAAUACUUGUGGAGCAUAGUUCGGCGAGAUUACUCUGUUGUUUUCGGAGUGGCAGAACCAGACAACUGAUACUUAAUUUACGGAGAUUUCACACCAGCGGUUUAUGGUUUGGCAGUUUUGAAUGGUAACUGCUGUAGAGGAGAGCUGCACAGAGACGAGUAAAUAAACAAACAAUAAUAAUGUGAUCAUCCUGUCAUAAUACCGCCUACUUCGACUGCGCUGAGUUGGGAAAUACGGGUUGUUCUUCGCCUGGUUUCUAACGACAACACAACUUGUUUAGCUCCUGGACCCCUUUUUCCUGUCGAAGAAAUUUUAUUUUAUCGGGAUAUGUAGAAGGACUGAUACCACUGACCCUACGACUAGUUGAGGAAGAUUUUGGCAGUAGUUUUAUCUCGUGACUUUUCAUUUAAAUGAGGGGACGUGUUUGAAAAACAAUUUGGGAUUUCCGCUCUGUUCUGCCACUCGAUGCAUGCGAGAGGAAAACGUUUAAUUCUGUUUUGUCUAAUGGUACAACUCCCUACGUCUUCAGAACGAACUUUUAACGGUUUUUUUUUUGGAACCUUUAAAAUAUUGAGCAGAUUCCAAGCGCGAUUUUGCUUUUAAAUGUGAAGAAAAGGUAGAAAUGAAACUCAGUAGGCAAUUCACUAUAUUUGGAAGUGCCAUCUUCUGCGUGGUGAUCUUUUCCUUGUACUUAAUGCUCGACCAUGUUCAGUUCGAUCACCCAAAGAGCCUAAAGAAAGGGAUGACAUUUCCCAAGGGACAGCUUUCAAUUUUACAUGAAAAAAUUGACCACCUAGAACAGCUGUUAGCGGAAAACAAUGAAAUAAUUUCAAAUAUCAGAGAUUCGGUUAUUAAUUUGAGUAAAUCUGUGAAAGAUGGUCCAGUGGGCAUUGCAGCCUCAAAUUCAAGUCAAAUAUUAGCCUCUGAAUUCUUUGGGGUACCCGUUGUUAUUCCCAUUGAACCAGAAGAUUGCCAGUUUGCCUCAAAGGUUUACACAGAAGCAUCAAACAUACAAAUGCUGGAUAUCUAUAAAAUUCUACCUUUUGACAACCCAGAUGGUGGAGUUUGGAAACAGGGCUUUGACAUCACAUACAAUGAACACGAAUGGAAUGAUGAGCCAUUACAGAUCUUUGUUGUGCCCCAUUCGCACAAUGAUCCUGGUUGGCUGAAAACAUUUGAUGACUACUACAGAGAUCAGACUCAGCAUAUCCUGAACAACAUGGUGAUUAAACUACAAGAAGAUGCUCGUAGGAAAUUUAUUUGGUCUGAGAUUUCAUACUUCUCAAAAUGGUGGAACAGUAUUGAUGGGCAGAAGAAAGAUGCUGUCAAAAGGCUUUGUGAACAGGGUCAGUUUGAAAUAACAACAGGAGGUUGGGUCAUGACUGAUGAGGCCAGUACACAUUAUUUUGCAAUGAUUGACCAGCUGAUUGAAGGACAUCAGUGGCUUGAGAAGAACUUGGGAGUAAAACCGAGGACAGGAUGGGCGAUCGAUCCAUUUGGUCACACAUCUACAAUGGCAUAUCUUUUAAAACAGACUGGUAUGUCAAAUAUGCUAAUUCAGAGAGUUCACUAUUCUGUCAAGAAACAUUUUGCAACUCAAAAGAACCUGGAAUUCUACUGGCGUCAGAACUGGGAUCGAAGUGGCAACACUGACAUCCUUUGUCAUAUGAUGCCAUUUUAUAGUUAUGAUGUUCCUCAUACUUGUGGCCCUGAUCCUAAAAUCUGCUGCCAAUUUGAUUUCAAACGCCUUCCUGGAGGCAGAAUUAGCUGUCCUUGGAGGAUACCUCCAGUUGAAAUACACAAUGGCAAUGUUCAAGAAAGAGCCAAACUCCUCUUAGAUCAAUAUAGAAAAAAGUCCAAACUUUUCAGAACCAAAGUGCUUUUGGCUCCUCUGGGGGAUGAUUUUCGCUAUGAUCAAUUGUCAGAAUGGGACCAACAGUUUCAAAAUUAUCAGAAGCUGUUUGAUUAUAUGAAUUCUCAUCCAGAGCUCCAUGUUAAGGCUCAAUUUGGAACAUUAUCAGACUACUUUGAUGCUCUCAAUAAAGCUGCUGGUUCGGGAAAUUCACCAUCACCAUUUCCUGCAUUGAGUGGGGACUUUUUUACCUAUGCUGACAGAGAUGAUCAUUAUUGGAGUGGAUAUUUUACCUCCCGACCUUUCUAUAAGCGACUGGACAGAGUUUUAGAAUCGCAUUUGAGAGCUGCAGAAAUCCUUUAUUCUUUAGCGCUGACAAGUGCUAAGAAGUUUAAUAAAAUGACAGUGUUCCCUUCAGCUGAUAAUUAUAAGUUGCUGGUAGAAGCACGGCGCAAUCUUGGUCUAUUUCAACAUCAUGAUGCAAUCACUGGAACAGCUAAAGAGUGGGUCGUUGUGGAUUACGGUACCAGACUAUUUCACUCAAUAAUAAACUUGAAAAGAGUAAUUGGUGACUCAGCACAUUUUUUAAUAUUAAAAGACAAGGAAAAUUACAAAUACAACCCUUCAACACCCUUUCUUCAAAUGGAUGAUAUCCAAGCUGCACAAGACUUUUUACCUGAAAGAACGACUAUUGAAUUGAGCUUAAUACCCAGAUAUCUUGUGGUAUAUAAUCCAGCAGAUCAAGAUCGUGUAUCCGUUGUAACAGUGCAAGUAAAUUCAUAUAAAGUAAAUGUGCUAACUGCUUCAGGGCAACAAGUGGAUACUCAGAUUACUGCAGUUUGGGAGAAAUCCAACAGAAUUUCCAAAGAUGUAUUUCAGGUUUCCUUUGUGGCAAAGAUAUCAGCUCUAGGAUUGGGAAUCUACCAGUUAGUGAAAACUCAAGAUAUCAAAACCAAACUAGCAGAUUAUACCAUAUACACAAAUAGAAGAGAUACAAUAACCUUUGAUCCCUUCAAGAUCAGUGUGUUGGAAAGCUCUGCUGGUGACAUCGCUAUUGAAAAUGCAAAUUUGAAAGCUUGGUUUUCAGGGACAAAAGGAUUUUUGGAGAAAGUAAUCACCAAGGAAGAAAAGAGAGAGCAUCAUAUAAGUAUCCAGUUCUGGUGGUAUGGCACCACAAAUAAUCAAGAUAAAAGUGGAGCCUAUCUCUUCUUGCCGAAUGGAGAAGCUCAGCCAUAUACUUCUUCAGAGCCUCCUAUUUUGAGAAUAUUGCGUGGUCCACUUUUCUCAGAGGUCAUGUGCAUCUACCAGCACUUCACACAUUCUGUGCGGCUUAGCAAUGUGUAUGGGGUUGAAGGGCUGUCACUGGAAAUCUCUAAUAUUGUUGAUAUCAGGCAUGAAAUGAAUCAAGAAAUUGCUAUGAGGCUGACUACAGAUGUCAAAAGCAACAAUGAAUUCUACACUGACCUAAAUGAUUUCCAGAUGCAGGCUAGGCAGACUUUGAGCAAACUGCCUCUUCAAGCAAAUUUUUACCCUCUUACAACAACCGCGUACAUACAGGACAGUGAUGUUCGGUUGACCCUGCUUUCUGCUCAGUCCUUGGGAGUCGCUAGUCUGAAGAGUGGUCAGCUGGAAGUCAUAAUGGAUCGCAGACUGAUGCAAGAUGACAAUCGAGGCCUAGGACAAGGUCUUAAGGAUAAUAAAGUUACAGCCAAUCUAUUCAGACUUUUAUUGGAAAAAAGAAUUGAAUCAAAUUCGGAUGAAGCUAAUAAGGCAAUGAGUUAUCCGUCUUUGUUGAGCCACAAGACAUCAUCUUUCCUGAAUCAACCAGUCAUUCCAAUGGCUGUGAACCUAAAGGUUGAUGGAGUCCCUCCACUCUUGAACUUAUUCAGUCCUCUUUCUUCAUCCAUGUCGUGUGAUAUGCAAAUAGUUAACCUUAGAACAAUACAGGGAAAGGAUGAGUGGAGCCCAUCAGAUGAAGUAGCCCUGAUCAUUCACAGAAAGGGUUUUGAUUGUAGAUUUUUAAACCAAAACACUGGACUGUUUUGUUCUACUUCAAAAGGCAAGAUUCUCUUGCACAAUCUCUUUAGAGAAGUUAAUAUUCAACGCCUGACUCCAUCGACCUUGACUUUGAUGCACACGCCACAAGAUCCAUAUAAUACUAGCAAAAUAGAACUGAACCCAAUGGAGAUAAGAACAAUCCGAAUUCAGUUAAGAUGAUUAUGUAACAGUCUGAUGCUGAAUGAUCUAUGUUGGAAGAAUAUACUGUGCACAUUAUUGAGUUGCAAUAUUUACAAGCACAUUAAAAGUUAAGUAAAUAUGUCAAACCUACUGAUUCAACAAAGACCAAUGGUAAAAAUAUAUUUAAUUUAAUUUUGUGGAAAAAAUUAUGAAAUUUUUAAAGCUUAAAACUGCAUCUCGUACAACAAAAAAACUAAAAUAAUUGGGACCAAAAAAAACGGCUUCCUUACAGUAAUGUACUUCUCGUUAAAUGAUCUAUUUCAUGCCUAAUUCAAUAAAAUAUUGUCCGUAUUUCAGUGAAGUAAAGAGCCCCAGAGAGAAUCUAUACAAGUUUAAAAUUUUAUCAUUUAACUUUGCCAUUAUUAAGGACAGUUUAGUUAUUGCAUUGAAUGCCUGGUCCAUAUCAUUAAGAAAAAUGUGCUGCCAAAAAUUUAGUUAUGUCUGUUCACACAAGGUAUAACUUUAUAGAGAAAAUAUUAUCUUAUGAGUGCAAGAAAUUCUGAAAUUUAUCAUGAAUAAAGUAGGGUUAAGAACCCAAGAUGAAAACUUUAAGAUUUUAGUAAAAACACUGGACUACUGUAUGGUGCAGAAUUAAUGAUUUCUGCAGAAUACUGUCUCAUUACUUGAUUAGAUGGGAUAAGUGCAAUGUUUCCACAGGUCAGUUCUAAUGACAUCUAGUUGUAUACCAAGAGUUAACAAAAUACAUAAAAUAUACAUUUUCUGCUAUUAAUAUAUUAGAAUAGCUGUUUUUCUAAUCUAAAGUUGCCACUGUGAUUAUGUGCCUUACAAUUACACAAUGGAUUAUGAGUUGCUGUAUGGUUCUCUUUGCCUGUGUUUUAUAAUCCUGUCUCAAAACAUUUAUAUUUUAAAGUUUGAAUUUCAUGAACACACAGAUUACAAAAACAUAGUUCUUUUAACUCAUUAAAAAUUCAAAUGUUUGUUUUUACCCAAAUGAGUUUAUCUUUUCCCUUAUCAUCUAAUAAUCUUUAUACUACUGUAAACUGUCCUCUCUGUCUUCAAGAAAAAGUAUAAUGAAUUUUAGAAUAUCUGAUCUUUCUAUGUUACUCAGCCUUCUGAUCCAGGGAUCAUUUUCUGGUUCCUCUCUGCAUGAUACUUUUCAUUUUUUAUUUUCCAUUAUUUGAUGACCUUUUGAAUGUACUGACCUAACAUAAUAGAGUAUAUUAAAAUAUCAUUACUGACUCGGUCACAUUCUUUGUUUUGAGAAAUUAUAUUAAGAAAAUCUUCAUGAAAUUGAACUUAAGUUUUUAAAUUGUUUGUGUGGCUUUGUUGAAAGAAUUCUGUUUUGAUAUAUGCUGUCAAAUUAUUUUUGCUUAAUAUACAUUCAGAUUAUUUAAUGAUCAUCUAAUAUUAUCAAGACUUUCUUAAACAAUGCAAAUCAACAUGAUCCUUUUUCUUCCAAUUGGUAUAUGUAUAUUGACAUUUGCAUUUUGUUGUGACUACUGCCAUCUGCUAAUGUCAGUAAAGUAUGUUCUAUGCUAAUACUAAAAAAUGAUUUUGUCUGUGUACCUCAAUGUUUUAUUGAAGAGGCACCAUAUUAAGGGGGUCUAAAAAGUAGAUACUGGCUAAAUUUAACCCAGCCUGAUCUUUCUAAUCUUUUUUAUUGUACACAAGUUGAAUAUUCUUGAUUAUUUUUCUGGUUGGGAGGGGAUCUGUUACACGUGUAUUUCAUACGCUUUACUGUGCCGUUUACUGUUCAAUAGCAUUUAUUAAGUACAUAUUUUUUAAAUUUCAAAUUUGUGUAAUAACAUUAACCAGCAAAAAGCUAUAGAAUUUCCUUUUCUGUCAUUUUCUUGCUGUUCACUUUCAAAAGAUGAGUCAUUGAUAGUAACUGUAUUUCCAGUUACACUGACUUGUUAUCGGAAUUCUGGUUUUUGCUAGAAUUCACAAAUUAGUGACAAUUGGUGAUCCGUACAAUAGUUGCAACAACUAUCAAUCAAAAUCAUUUUUACAUGAUGCCCAUAUACAUUUAUAUAGGUUAUGCAUGAAACAGUCUUGACGUAUUUAGGACUCACAGUGGCCAAAAUUGUUCAUCUGUGUGAUUAUAUACGAAAAUGUAUUUCAAUAAAUGCUCCUCAGUUCAUUGUAUACAGUCAUUGCAUAUUGAGCAAUAUCAAGACUCAAAAAACAAAAUUCCAUGUUGUUUCAGGUACAUUAUCAUACUUUAAAUGUAUGUUUAUUAAGCAGUUAAUGUGAUUUCAUGCCAUUUCUUGCAAUUAAUAAAAUUAUUUUUAUACCAUGCAGCAAAAAUUCUGAUCUACCAGUGCAAAUCAAAAAUACUUUUAUAUUUUAGAAUGGGAAUAUAAUUUUACCAUUCCAAUUAUUUGUCAAAUUCAAUUACACUUUUGAAUGCUUACAAGUUGCACUCUUUAAUUUUAAUGAUUCAUUAAAUAUAAUUCUAGGAAGCAUUUUAUUGAUCUGUGCAUAACUAAACAAUUGUGGUAGGAGGAAUAGGUCUAUAUAGUUGAAUAUCUGUGUACUUUUGGGUUUCUUUAUUUGCUUUAUAAAAUCAAAAAGCAAAUGAUUUCUAUGUUUUUUUUGAAUACAUAGUAUUUUACAGGGAUUUGCUACCAUGUAUAUCUGCAAAAUAUUACCUUUUAAAUUCCAAUUUUUAAAAGGUACAAAAUGAAUUUGUAUCAAUGAAAUUGCUUUGGUUGAAUGAGUUGUGCCUUUAAAGAGGAACACGGGGCAUUUUUACAAAACAAAAAUAGAUUUUACUGGGUGAAAUAGAAUUGGAAAUUUUGCUGUUUUACAUUACCGUGUUAAGAGUCUGUCACCUUAUAAUUUACAUUUGGUAUUUUCAAUUUACAACAAGAUGUAUGUCAAUAUUUUUAGUGUUUAUUUGAUUAUUUUCCAAUCUUUUGGAGAAACAUUAUAAGAAAAUAAACUGAAUAUACUGA